UCCAAGAAGUCAGUUCUUUGUUUUAAGUCACUGGCGGCCGCAGUUAUACUACUGAAAAUACUGUCUUAAAUCACUAAGGAUUCAAGAUGCCUUCGCCGUACUCGUCCAAGCAUGAUGAAUGGAAGCAUAAGAUGGACAAAGCCCUAAAAGAAAGCGAGCAAUGCUCACCAUUAACGGGCAGAAGACUCUAUCCCUCGUAUGACUUCAACAGCAACCGCAGUUGGGUCGAAGACAAUUUGUAUUCCUCGCCGGAAAAUGAUUUUUUGAAUGGAUUCUUGAAGGGCAAAACAAAGACGAAUGGAUGUGUGCAGCACACAACUAUAAAGCCCUCGAAAUUCAAUGACACGGUUUUAAAGAAGCCAUUUUCGGGAAAUGAUUUCUUGGAUGGAUUUGCUUCAACCCAGACAAAGAGGGAUGAAUUUCUUCAGCAAACAACGAAGUCCUCAAAAUCCAAUGACUCUUCUGAGUGCCGUAAGUUCCUUGAUGAGCAAAGAAAACUGAAAAAAUCCCGAUCGACUGCGGGCCAGAGUCCCUCGCCAGAGUAUACAAGGAAACCACCAAUUGCUUCAACCCAGACAAAGAGGGAUGAAUUUCUUCAGCAAACAACAAAGUCCUCAAAAUCCAAUGAUUCUUCUGGAUGCCGUGAGUUCCUUGAUGAGCAAAGAUGUCUGCGGAGAAACUCGCGAUCGACUGAUCAGAGUCUAUCACAAUUUACAAGGAAACCAAUAACUGCUUCAAUCAAGACACCGUCGCCAUCCACUUACGAUCCAUGCAUGAGAACCAGCMCAACCACGAUCCGUCCCACUAGCUCUGAAUGCCUAAAAAUAAGCGAAGCCGAAUGGCAGGAAAUAGAGGAGAAAUCACAACAAGAGCAGAAAAUUUUUUUAGGCAAAUAUUUGAAAGAGGGAAAGUUUAAAGAUGUGCCGGUUAGUUGCAGAGAGAUGAAUGUGAGACGAGGUGACCAUCUUUUCUGUCAAGGAGCACUUGGUGGGCUCUAUGAUCACCAUUUUUUGUGCACAGACGUCGAUGUAGACGACCGCAUUCACGUCAUCGAGUACACUGGGCCAAGUGUUGGCUUCUCCGCAUCCUCACGAUCUGCUGCAGAAUCUAAUCCUCUUGCUUUUGCAACGAUAAAACAAGGGACAAUGACUUACGAGGAGCUAGAAAAGAAAAAGGCAAAAAUAAGGGAAUGGCCCGAGGAACUUCAAAGAUUUCCUGUCGAUGACGUUAUUUCAAGAGCUGAGUUAAGGUUAAGAAAAAAGGAACGUGACUACCAUGCUUUUGAGAACAACUGCGAACACUUCGUCAAUUGGUGCAAGUGUGGCCUGAACACCAGUCUGCAAGUUGAGCCGUGGUACAAGCCUGCCUGGGAUAGUACAAAAGCUGUUGGCAGUGCCGCACUUCAAGGUCUUCAAAGAUACGGCAUCUCUAAGGGCGUUCCUGCUUUUCUGAAAGCCGUUGGCAACGUUUCAGAUGAAAUUUUGGGCGCCAUAUCCAGUCCUUUGUCUGCUGCCGGAUAUGCUGUUGGUGGUGUGAUUGAAACAGGUUUUGCAGCCUGGAAUAUAUUUAAAGACUACAAGAGGAUGAAGGAAGGCCGCCUAUCAAAACGCCAGUUUCAAAUCAAUUCUGUCGCUACUGCUUCCAAAGCAGCAGGUCAUAUCACCUGUGGAAUUGCUGGGUCUGUUAUUGGCUCUGUAGCUGGUCCUCUGGGAAGCAUAGCCAUGGGUGCAAUUGGAUAUGGUGUGGGCCAUGUCGUUGGAUCAGCAGUUGGAUUGUGCUAUGAAUAUGCACCGACGAUAAAGAAAGCAUUCCAAGAGAAGGUCAUUGCUCCCGUGAAGAAGGUGGUCAAUACGUGUGUCAAUGCAGUCAAAACUGCUGGCCGAAAGGUCUGGGAAGGAGUGAAAAGCGUUUUCUCUUCUCUAUUCUCUUGGUGGUAAAAACAACAAAUACUGUACCUCUGGUGAGGCUAUAUAGUGACUGUUAGCUAUAUAGUGAACACCAUAUUAGUGAGUACUCUAUAAAGAACUGUCUUGCUUUAAAUAAUAUGAUUAUCUUAUAAUAUAAAUACACCUAAUUGAAAAAACGUAGUCGGGUUCAAGAAGGUCAUAUCAUCGAAGCUAAGACCGAAAAGGAUUUUGGGUACUCCGAAAUGUAUAUUAUAUUUGCAU